CCCUUCCCCUUCCCCGCCGCCCAGCGGCACGAGACCGACCGCAGCCAAGGAAGAGGCGGCGCCGGCGUGGGCCACUGGGCGGGCGAGCGCCAGCUCUCGGCCAGGAGAGCCGCGGGGGAGGAGACCCCGGAAGAAAGUCAAGAAAUUGCCCCGGGGAAAGGCGAGGCGCGCUCGGUAACCUGCCCCUCCGUCGUCACGUGAUUGGGCGGGGCGGAAAGAGAGAACCCGAGUCCGCCGAGACACCGACACAGGACUUUUCAAAAAUCCAUCUGAACUAUUUGGUGACAGGAGUCAACCAUGCUGCCCAAACCUGGGAUCUAUUACUUCCCCUGGGAGGUCAGUACUGGCCAAGUUCCUGACGGGGACGCGCUGAGAACUUUUGGCAGGUUGUGCCUCUACGACAUGACCCAGUCCCAGGUCACCCUGACGGCUCAGCACGGAUCUGACCAGCACCAGAUCAUUAUCUCUACCAAGUGGGUGGAGCCAUUCGAAGCCCAGGUGGGCUCCCUCUACGUUGUCCUGGGGGACCUAGAGCACCAGAAGGGUGGAGGUUCCGUGGUGAAGGCCCGGGUGCUGACGUGUGUGGAAGGAGUGAAUCUUCCCUUGUUGGAACAAGCCAUCCAAGAGCAGAGGAUGUACCAGCGGGAAGGGAGACGUGACCAGUAGGAAGUGGCAGCUGGGAACCCCGCCCAGCCUGCUCCUGUGGCGAAGCCCACUGGGGACGCUGGAGCUGCUGCCGAGAAGACCCAGGGGCUUCCUCAGAGUGACAGCUUUUUCUGGAGCUGCAGAGAAGAGGGGAUGGGUUGUUUAUUUGGGAUUGUCCCAAAAAUGAGAACCUGGAGAGCAGGUGUCAAAGCCUGAUGUCUCCCCCGACCCCAGGAGACUGUGGGAGGCUGAGCUCUGGGUGCUGGGGGGCUGUGCAUCGUGUGGAGUUGUGAUCUCCGGAGGGUCCUGGUGAAUAAAGGCUCCAGUGGCAAGACA